UGAAAUGGACCAUAGACAAAUCUCCCAAGGGAAACUAAAUCUGAGUCCUGGGAACACACUGGGACAUAUUCAACCCAAGCCUCAGGAGAGAGAGCAAUGGUCCAGUAAGAUAGAGUUCAUCUUGGCGGUGGCCGGACACAUAGUUGGUCUGGGAAAUGUUUGGAGGUUUCCAUACCUUUGCUACAAGAAUGGAGGAGGAGCUUUCUUCAUUCCCUACGUUUUGUUUUUGUUUACCUGUGGCAUCCCUCUCUUCUUCCUGGAAACGUCUUUGGGACAGUUCACCAGUCAGGGUGGAAUUACAUGUUGGAGAAAAAUCUGCCCUCUUUUUGAAGGCUUGGGAUAUGGAAGCCAAGUGGUUGUGUUGUACACAGGGGUUUAUUACAUCAUCAUACUGGCUUGGACUUUUCUCUACCUGUUUUCAUCCUUCAAGACUGAGCUUCCAUGGGUGAGCUGUAAUAAUACUUGGAAUACAGAAUUUUGUUUUCAGCACAGCGAUAAUCAAACAUCCCAGGACCUGUUUGGAAAUGCUACAUCUUCAGUUGUGGAAUUUUGGGAGAGGAGAAUCUUGGGGCUGUCUGAUGGAAUUGAUAAGAUCGGAAAUAUUCGAUGGGACCUGGCCCUCUGUCUUCUUCUUGCUUGGGUAUUGUGCUAUUUUUGUGUCUGGAACGGUGUGAAGACCACAGGAAAGGUGGUGUACUUCACUGCCACAUUUCCAUAUCUGAUGUUGGCUGUGCUGCUCGUUCGGGGUCUUACUUUACCAGGAGCUAAAGAAGGCAUUAUGUUCUACCUCUACCCAGACCCAUCACGCCUCACUGACCCAGAGGUAUGGAUGGAUGCUGGCAGCCAAAUCUUCUACUCCUAUGGAGUUUGCACUGGGGUUCUGACUUCAUUAGGAAGUUAUAACAAGUACAGCAACAACUGCUAUAGGGACUGUGUUUACCUGUGCCUGUUGAACAGUUUAACUAGCUUUGUUGCUGGUUUUGCUAUCUUCUCUGUGCUUGGUUUCAUGGCUAAGGAGCAAGGAGUGGAUAUAUCAAUGGUGGCUGAAUCAGGUCCAGGCUUGGCAUUUAUUGCUUAUCCUCGAGCUGUGGCUUUAAUGCCACUUCCUCAGCUUUGGGCAAUUUUCUUCUUCAUCAUGAUCAUCUUCUUAGGAUUAGACAGUGAGUUUGUAUAUCAGGAGGCCAUGGUCACAACCAUCUCCGACAUGUAUCCUUCCAUCUUUCAAAACACCUGUUGCCGAAAACUUCUUCUUCUUGCAAUCUGUGCUGGAGGUUUCUUAGCUGGCCUUGUGAUGGUAACUGAGGGAGGCCUUUAUAUUUUCCAGUUAUUUGAUUACUAUGCCUGCAGUGGGAUGACACUUCUACUUUUUGCCAUACUUCAGUCUGUCUGUAUCGGAUGGGUUUAUGGUGCAGAUCGUCACUAUGAUAAUAUACAGGAUAUGAUUGGAUAUCGUCCCUGGCCAUUUAUGAAAUACUGUUGGAAAUACUUCACGCCAGCUAUCUGCAUUUGCACAUUUCUCUUCUCAUUGGUUAAAUAUACUCCUCUUAAAUUUAACAACACCUAUGAAUACCCAUGGUGGGGAUACGUCAUUGGAGGAUUCUUUACGCUCUCUUCAACAUUAAUGGUUCCACUGUGGAUGCUGUAUGCUGUGUGCGUCACUCCUGGAACACUAACACAGAGAAUCAAACUCCUGUGCACACCGGCAAAGAUCUUUCCUGCUUCAAAAGUGAAAAUGAAUAUUGAAGCAUUUCAGACUUUUACAGGCUUCUACACACUUCGAAAUACAGAGAAUCUGGAUGAAAAUGACGACAUAACUCAGAGGACAUCUAUCAUUUAAAUGGGGAGAGAAAAAAGAGAGAAAAACAAUCCAAACAGUGAACAAUACAGAAUCAACAGUUUUACUUGACAACCAAAACACUGCAAUAUACAAAUAUAUAUGUGCUCUCCAUUUAAGUAAGAUGCCUUGACCGUGAACAAAUCGUGGCAUUGACAGUGAUGGAUUGCAUCAAUCAUGGCCUUUGGUUAAAGACUUGGUCCAGGACUACAGUG